AUGGAAUCAAUAUAUGACGAAAUAGAGAUUGAAGAUUUUACAUUUGAUCCAGUCCAACAAAUAUUUCAAUACCCAUGUCCCUGUGGUGAUCGAUUUGCCAUUAGUUUAUAUGACAUGCAAGAGGGAGAAGAUAUAGCUGUUUGUCCUAGUUGUUCAUUGAUGGUUAAAGUGAUAUUUGAACCUGAAGAUUUAGAAGAGUAUCUAGAAGGAUGA